AAACCUUAUUUUUUAACUGUGCUAUCGAAUAGAAGCAGGAGGGUUUUCCACCAAGUGACAGUCACUGAGCAGCAACUUGCCCCCUCCUCCUUUCCACACCUGCAAAGUCUUUUGCCUGGGCUGAAUAUUUAGUUUAAUUACACCUCAGCUUUGAGAGCUCCUGUUGCAAAUCCCUGGAUUAAAAGGUCCACUGGGUCUAUUCUGAGUACAUGAACUGAACCAUGAAAGUGUCUGUGAUCUUCCUCCUACUUCUGCCAGUAUGCUUGGCCAAGCCAUUCCACCAAAAAGGCUUGUUUGACUUUAUGGUAGAAGAUGAAGGGUCUGCUGAUAUUCCUGCAACAGAGGAGCCUAUAUUUCCUGGACUUGGACCAGUAUGCCCAUUCCGCUGCCAGUGCCAUCUUCGUGUCGUUCAGUGUUCUGAUUUAGGCCUGGAUAAAGUGCCAAAGGAUCUUCCCUCAGACACGACUCUGCUGGACUUACAGAAUAACAAAAUCACUGAGAUAAAGGAAGGUGAUUUCAAACACUUGAAGGAUCUCCAUGCACUCAUCCUGGUUAACAACAAAAUCAGCAAAAUAAGCCCAGCAGCUUUUGCUCCCCUGAAGAAACUGGAGAGACUUUACCUCUCCAAGAACAACCUGAAGGAGCUACCAGAAAAUAUGCCCAAAUCCCUACAGGAGCUACGUGCCCAUGAAAAUGAGAUCUCCAAACUAAGAAAAGUUGUCUUCAAUGGACUAAAUCAAAUGAUUGUUGUAGAACUGGGAACCAACCCACUCAAGAGCUCAGGAAUUGAAAAUGGAGCCUUUCAAGGGAUGAAGAAACUGUCCUAUAUCCGUAUUUCAGACAGCAAUAUUACUAGUAUUCCUAGAGGCCUUCCUCCCUCACUUACAGAGCUUCAUCUUGAUGGAAACAAAAUCAACAAGGUUGAUGCAGAGAGUCUCACUGGACUUGCCAACUUGGCUAAAUUGGGUCUCAGUUUCAACAAAAUCACUUCUGUUGACAAUAGCACUUUAGCCAAUGUACCUCAUCUGAGAGAACUCCACUUGAAUAACAACGAACUAUCCAAAGUGCCCAGUGGGCUUGCUGAACACAAAUAUAUUCAGGUAGUCUACCUUCACAACAACAAAAUCAGUUCUGUUGGUACAAAUGACUUUUGCCCUCCUGGAUACAACACCAAAAAGGCUUCCUAUUCAGGUGUGAGUCUCUUUAGCAACCCUGUGCAAUACUGGGAAAUCCAGCCAUCCACUUUCAGAUGUGUCUAUGAACGUUCUGCCAUACAGAUUGGAAAUUACAAAUAAAUUUAACAGCCUCAAUUGUAUUUCAGAUAGAAAUACCUGUUGUCAUAAGCCUGUUUAAAAAUCAUUGCUUAAAAUUAAAAGUCUCAUACUGAAAACUUCACUGUAGAUUUAAUAUCAUCAAUAGAUGUAAAAUAGAUCAAGCAUCAUACAUGGACAAGAGCAAACAUAUCAUCAAAAAUUGCCAGCUGUAUUUUAUUUUGACUUAUUUCAGCCUUCAUUACCAGCAUGCUUUCUGCAGUGUUUUCAAUUAGUUGAAUGCUACAGGUUUUCAGAUUCCACUGUAUAGGAAAUUUGGGGUAAAUAUUUGUCAAACUUUUGAUAUUGAAAACAACUGAUAGCAACUGAGGGAUAUUUUUUUUUUAUAGCCAUGACUAGGAAUUGGUGGAAUAAAAAGGAGAUGAGACAAUAUAUAUAUUUUUUCUUGGGCAAAGUUAGCCCCUUUAAAUUUUAAAAUCAAGCCCUGGAGGUUUAAAAAUAUCCACUAUAACAUGUUUUAAGCCUAAUUCUGAAUGUAUCUAUUUAGCAAAGGCAAUAUAAAUUUGUUGCUAAUGUCAUUAUUUUGGUAAAAACUAAAAUAAACUCAUAUUGUAUACAUAGCUCCUUUUUAAGUGUGUUUACAAUCUUGCUGAGCAAAUCUAUUCAAGAUUAGCAAAAAAAACCAAAAAAACAAAAAACAAAAAACGGACUUACAGUACAAGACACUACUAGACUAUACUUACCAUUAACUAUUUCUGGACCAUGACAAUAAAACAUUCUCUGGGAAAUUUCUAAUUACCCUAAUUAUUUCAGCAGCCUCAUUGACUUCACUACUUGUAAGUGUAAGGUAAUUUGGAUUUAACUACCUAUUUUAAUCCAUGUAUAUAUCUAAAAACUAAAAUAUCAAUAUUACUCAUUCGUUCUGUAUUGUACAUUGGUCAGAAUUCUGCUGUUUUCAGUUUUUACUCAAUUAAUAAAAAGGGUCAAGUAGAAAUAUGCAGGCUAUCUGUCUGAAAAAAGGAGGCAUUCAUAUCACUUCAGAAAAUGAAAAUACACCACCAUUGGACAGACCUAGAACAUCAUUCUUGGAAGUAUCUUCUUCUGAGAGGGAUUUGAAGGCAAUCCAGUAAUUCGGAGUUCUCCAACUCAUACCAAGUGGCUGCACAUUUCUGCAGUCCUUUUCUAUAAAGUUAAUUGUUCUUACACAUACAGGAAGGCUGCAUAUUUCUACUGUCAUCAUCUACAAAGUUAAUUGUUCAUACAUUUGAAAUGUCACAUUUGAAGGCCACUUAAUUCUCCAAAAGUCAUCUUUUCAAUUUGUAAACUUGUAUGUCUUUUCUAUUAAAAAAUACCGUAAUACAGGCAAA